GUGAAAUUUUAUUGGGUUUUACUGGAUUUGUGAUUCUUGUUGUUGAAUUAAGCCCAACCAAACAGGCGCUAUUCCAGAAUAGCAGCAGGGAGCUCCUGUUCAUGGACUCUUCUUCUUCUUCAUCUUCUUCUCCGAACCCCAGAUUUGCUGGUAAUCAUAAGGAUAAUACCCAGAAGAAUUCUGGGCUUCUGAGGUUUGGGUCAGCUCCAAGUUCCUUUCUUGAGAGCUUCAUCGCCCGCCAAGAACCAGCCGGUUCGAGGUUCAUUAAUGGCGUCUCUGGUUUGCCGCCUCAGUAUCCGACCCCGCCGCCGCCCAGGCCGAGCUCCGGUUCCCUGUUUCCCGCCGCCGCCGCCUCAAAUCUCACCAGGCAGAACAGUUCUCCUCCCGGCAUCCUCCCAAAUCUCACCCCUCUAAAUGGGUACCCUACAAUGAAGAGUCCCUUGAGCUAUUCUUCAUUGGGGAUUUUGUCUCAAAUCACAGAGGUUGAGAAUGAGAGUAUUAUGGGAUCUGUUCUGGAUGAUGAUGAGAAAGGUGGAAAUGCCAUUUCUGACCCUCCUCAACUGUAUGGCUCUGGGUUACAGUUCCCAUCUUGGAGUGAUUCUCCAAGCUUUGCGGAAAAGCUCAACAACCUUAAAAGGGAGCUCGAGGACGAUGACGAUAAUGAUGUGAACCUAUUUGCUGCUGCUGCUGCUAGCACUCAAGUAGGGGGCAUAGGAGGAGGAGCUAAACCGACAAAACUGUCGCGCCACUUGAGUUCGCCAAAGACAUCGACUGAAAUUGCCGCGGCAAUGGAGUUCACGGACAGUGUUCCUUGGAACAUCCGCGCCAAACGUGGUUGCGCCACUCAUCCCAGAAGCAUUGCAGAGAGGGUGCGAAGAACACGUAUUAGCGAAAGGAUGAGAAAAUUACAAGAUCUUGUCCCGAACAUGGACAAGCAAACCAACACAGCAGACAUGUUAGAUUUUGCUGUUGAGUACAUUAAAGAUCUUCAAAGACAGUACAAGACACUUACAGUCGAUCGAGAGCGGUGCAAAUGCUCUGCUUCGGAUAAAAAAAGUGAAUAAUUAAAUUCUUUUAAAGAAGAGAGGACUUAAGCUACAACACAAAAAGGGAAUGAAGAAACUACACAAGAGUUGGAUUGGAGCUUCUGUUUUGUUUUAUUGUCUUUUUUUUUUUUGAAUUAUUAGUAUAAAAAUAAUCUUCUCUCCAUGAUAAUUAGCUAUACUUAUAUAGUUUUAUAUGCUACAAAUUAAACUAACAAUGUUAAUUAAGAGCAGUAUUACUAGGGAAUGACAGUUAGAUUUUAGGAGAUGCAUGCAAGAGAAGAACUGUGUACGGAGUAUUAUAUUGCUUUGCUUUAAUAAAACUAUGUUCCUUUG